GUUCCCCCAAGAACCGAUAAAUCUCAUUGGUUACAGUGACCUGAGCUUGAGCGAAUGAAGAGAAGGCCUCGCUGUCGGCCUGGCACAUGGAGUGAUCAAUGUCAUCAAACAGAAUGGCAAAUGCCUGGCAACCCAGUCUUUAUUUGUAGGACACUUUGCAUACCUGUCUUAGUUUGCGUUUGAGCAGUGUAAGGUCACAGGCGGAGGAGAAGACGAUGUCCUGACCAGGAGAAAGGGCAUAAACAAACCUCAAGCCUCUCGACUGGGCCUCCAUUAUGAGGGAGAAUAGACUUCUCUCCACAACAGUCUGUGUUUGAGGUCAUCUUUGGGACCGUACAGUGAGACAGUGAGUCAGCAUGCAGCCUAUAAAUGUAACACCCUAAUGGAACAAGGCCAUCACACCUGUGUUUUUCCUCCUGGGUCCUGGCAAAAGGUCUGCUGUUGCAUCGUCGACCAGCUCGGCUGAUACACCCAUUACUGGUAGAGGCACAGCAGAUGAGCAGUGACAUUUGUCAAACACGUACUCAACUGUCACGCUUGACAUGCAUAGUCGGUAAACAGCAACAUUCAUAGUCCUGACUUUUGGAGCAGUAAGGCAGAUUUCACAUAAUGGUUAAACCUAUGGAUUACAGGCUUGUCAUGUUUGUGCUCACAGGACUGGUGAUCAGUGGUGCCCAUACCCGAGACUACCACUUUGUCAGCAUUCCGCUGAACUGGACCGAAGCGCAGAUAUUCUGUAGAGAUAUCUACACUGACCUGGUAACCAUUGAAAACACUGAGGAGAUCACUGCUGUUCUGGACACAACAUCAGAUUACACAGGCCAAGCCUGGAUUGGUCUCUCUGAUGACCUGGAAAAUGGCUGGAGAUGGUCCUUAAGUAACAGCAUUUUCUACAGUCAAGAUGAGAGACAAUUCAAAAACUGGGACUAUGGUUAUCCAUUGGGAGGACCAAAUAGGUGUGUGGAAUUAUUUGGUGAUGUCAUCGCACAGGGUAAAUGGGGCGAUGCUGGGUGUGAUUCCAAACGACCCUUUGUCUGCUACAGUGACUUGAACGACACUUCGUUUGUGAAGAUUGAGCAGCCUCUAAAUUGGACAGAUGCACAGAAAUACUGCAGAAAGAAUUAUGUCGAUCUGGCCAGUGUAAGAAGUAACGCAGAAAAUGCCAUUAUCGCCAACCUGACCUCUGGGGAUUCAGUGUGGAUCGGUCUCUUCUGGGACAAAGUGUGGUCUGACGGAAGCACCUCACUGUUUCGUCACUGGGCUGAAGGAGAGUCAAAUUCCAGUGUGGAGGAAUGUGUCACCACAGCAUUCAGCGAUGUAGGACUGUGGUCGGGUGAAAACUGUUCCCUCAGUUUCCCAUUCGUCUGCUACACAGCAGAUCUUCCGAAUGCAGAAAACUUCAUGUUAACCCAAAAGAAUACGACCAGUAUCACGCUGCAGUGGGACAGGGUCAGCAGUGCCGACGCCUUUGUUCUCCAGUAUGAUGACAUGGAGAUAAACAUCACAGCAUCUUAUGGAGAGGGACCCAUGACUUACACCGUCUCGUUUCUCACUGCUGGAACUGAUUACGAAUUCACUCUCUUCUCUGAGUUUCAGGGGUAUAGGAGCAGUGGAGUGAAUAUUAAUGCAGCUACAGACAAAAUACCUGUUCAUGUUGUCAGAUUGAACAUGAUGGUAACCUCUCUAGUUCAGCUGUCGCAAACAGAUCUGGACCAUCACCUGGAAAAGCUGGUUGGCCUGCAUGGACUGUCACCCAAGGUAUUGUCUAUAAAAGUAAAAUCGGACAGUCCCUGACGUCACUGAGCUGUUCUAUAGCACAGAAUCACUGUUAUGUUAGCCAUGUUAGCUAUGUAGCUACACAUUUGAGCUAAUUGAGCUGUUUCCUCUCAUCAUUUCUCAAAUUAAAGGUGAGACAAA